UUGCAAACAGUCACCAUGUACAACCUGAACCAGCUUCUGCAGCUCUUGCAGUGUGCCAACCCAUCUGGGCUGAAGAUUUCACUGGCUGCUAUUUUCCGCUUCAUCAGUCUAGCAACUAGUCUCAAGAACGAUAUCCUUUUGGUGCAGCUUGGAGACCAGGACCUCAGUAAACCACCUGCUAAUCUCUCACCAAGUCUUUCGUGUUUCCUCUCUGCUAGCUGUGAUAUAUCCAUAGAUGACAUUCCUACCUUCUGGUUUGCAUUAAAGCAUGUCAUUUGGAACGAAGACUGCUUUGGCAUCAACGAUCACCUUCCAACAUUUUCACUAUAUGGACACAAGCAUGGGAUCACACCAUACACCCUGUAUCCACCCAGUCAAACCUGCGCUACACCUGGCUGCUCGAACAUCAGAAAGUUAAUAACAGCAAACCAGCGGCCAGCUGUACUGUAUACCCUUGCCCAGGGCCCCAUUGCCACCUAUUCAAUUGAUUUGAAAUGUGAAGUUUGCAAUGUCAAAUUUCAUCACUCCUUUUGGGUUGACCACAAGGUACCCCAAGCUGAAUGCGAGCGUACAUACUACAGCGAUGUUCCUAGUAUCAUUCACAUUGGAGGUCACCAGUUUGUUGAGACAGCCGUUGUACGUAUGUGGCGCUCACAAUGCCUUCUCUCCUGGACAUCUAUGUCCAAUUGUGCAUGCUUAUAUAAUGUUGCUCUCUCCAAAGGUGCUUCUCCUCCCUCUGACUUCCCUUUUGGAUUUGAGGUAACUGGCGACCAUGUAUGGAGUGGCAUCGUCCAAUUGUCCCUCAUCAAAGACUUGGGGUUCCGUGCAGAGACUUUGACUGUGUGCCAUGGUGGUGACCACAAAGACCGCUUUACAGAAGCCAUUCGAGCCCGAAACUUGCACAUCCAAAUGUAUGGCCAAGAGGAGCUACGCCACUAUUGUUCAAAAUGCACCAUCCUCUAUGAUGACGAUGGUGAUGGGAUUCCCACUAGCAAGCUAUCUGUUGUUGUCACAGAUGGCGUCACUGUUGGCCAUCCUUGUUGCAGUGUUCAUAACUGCCAUGACCCACUUCUCAAUAACCAUGACCGCUUUUGCCUCAAACACUUGCCACUCGUAAAUACCUGUGCUAUCAUUGGAUGCAACCGUGUGGUCGUCCAUUCAAUGAAGACAUGUGACACACCCACCCACCAAGCAGUUGAGAAGGCUUAUACUGAACGUGGCCAAGCUCGCUUCCAGCUUCAAGAGCGACUUCAGCGCACUUUUGCAACAACUUCACAACAGCCAAUGGCGAGGCUUCGUGCACAGUUCGGACGCAAACGCACUCACAAUGAGCAGCUGAUUGUUUCCCCUUGUGGAAUGAUCCUAGCACAAGAAAUGUUCUUUGGUGCAGAAGGUGUGGCAAGUGUCAUUGAAAUGAUCAAACACAUGUUCUGCGACGAGACCAUCAAACCAGGUCAUAUAUUCUAUGAUAAUAACUGCACCCUUUCCUACAUGGUCUGCAAUGAUCCUUACUUUCAGAAUGUCGGCCUCUUGGUUGACGUGUUCCAUUUCAAAUGCAAGCACUUGGAAGAAGAUCAAUGGUGCCAGGAACAUUGCAACCCCACAUUCUUUGACGAGUUGAAGGGCGACAAUAACACAUGGUUGUUCAACUCAUCAAUAGCUGAACAGACCAAUGUGUGGUUUGGAGGUUACCAUUCUAUAUGUCGUGAGAUGACCGCUGAUCGUUAUGUUUUCCUUUUGGAUGAGAUGAUUAUUCAGAAGAACCGUCUCUUGAAAGUAAAGUUAGCUAGUCAGAAACGGUCCCCUGGAAACUGGCCUCUGUAG